AUGGAUGUGGCUAAUAGUGAACAUGGAAAUGAAGAAGAAAAAGAAUCUACAGGAAAUGAAAGGCUGGUGAAGGACUCUUUACUGCAACAAUGGUCAGAGGAUGACGAUGAGAGUGCCGAAGAGCAUCUGACAAUGAUUGGGAAGGCAAAGGGGUUUCCUGAUGCGCAAGCGGUCAAUUUUCGUCAAGAGGUGAUAGGUGGUGCGGUCGUGGCUGCUUUUCAGGGAAACCAAGACAUGAUCUCACAAACAAAGAGUACGAACAAGAUUACCUCAGCCCUUGCUAUUACGUCGUUGAAUUUUCUCAAGCAUCAGCAGGAACGACUGAAAAUUGAAAAUGAGAGGGGUUUGGAUCGUUUUCUUUCUAUCCUGUGCGGCAAAGUCUUGAAGGAGUACUACAAGAGAACAAAGGAGCAAGCUCGAUCGCUAACUGUAUUAUCCGAAUCCAAUGAUCGUAUGGUUCCUGUCAACUAUCUCAUCAGCAAAACAGAGCUCUCUCAUUCCUACGAUGUUCACAAGUUUGUUCUUCAAGCUGAGCGCGUCGCGAAAUGGUUCGAUGCAUCAAACGAUUCUGUUAACGCUUCGGAUUACGAAGAUGCACCUUACUUUUGUGUCGUACAGUCGAGCGGGAUGGGAAAGACCAAAGUAAUUUACGAAGGUUGCAAGCGGUUGAAACAAAAGAAUAAUUGGUCUUGCUAUACAGUUUUGCCAUGGACACUGAAAGAUUCCUAUGCGCUGACGACGAAGGGCGACGUUUUCUCUCAUAGGCUAAAUCUCGAAGCAUUUAUGGAGGAAAAAACAGCCUUGGAUGCUGCAACGGCAGUUCUUGAAUACCUGAAUACUUUCUACGAUAAACUAGUAGCUGAAGCAUCCAGUCAACACGAUAAUGAAAAUACCAUAUUUCUUUGUUUCGAUGAAGCUCAGGUAUACUUGGAAUCCCAAAGGUUUCAGAACGACAAGGGCGCCAAGAACGUUAAGCAUCCUGCAUUUCUAUUUCGAUGCAUUCGGCUAUGGCUUCGGCAGAAGAAACGACAUCAGGAAGUGAUCGGUUGCUUUUGUGGUACGCUUGCAACCUUGGCAAGCUCCCGGUUGGAGGCUGAUCCACAGCUGUCAGUUCCAUCAUCUCGAGACUUCACGCCGAGUGGCAAGCACUACAACUUCUAUGAUAAAGGCGCAAAGAUGUUUCCAAUAUUUCUUCAGACAACCACAAUGGGCUGCCUCGCGGGUCGAAAUUUGGAGGGAUAUAAAGACUUGGGUAAGCAUACGACAGAGUAUCGUCAUGCGAUCCGCCAUGGACGACCGCUUUUUGAGCUCAUGGAGGAAAAUGGAGAUCUAGCAAGAAAUGAAGGAUCAAUAGUCCGUCGGAUGCUACUGUAUGGUCUUGGGAAUCACUGGAUUGUUGGGAAGGAGUCACUCAAAGCAUGUCUCAGUAUUUUGGGUACCAGGGUGCAAAUGGGCCAAACUUCUUUUCCUGUGGCUUCGGACAUGGUAGGCUACGGUUAUGCCAACCUGACUCAUGCGACUUCAACAGAUGCAAUAAUAUGCUACAUGCCAGAUCCUGUUUGUGGUCGUCUGGCCAUGCAACUGAUGGACCCAGAAUGGGCAUUGGGUGACAUCAAAGGCAGGCCCAGUAGUUGGUGGCUGCGGAAGAUGAAGGAGAUUUUUUCGCAAGGGCUCUGUCGACCUGAAAAGGGGGACUUUGGUGAAAUCAUGGUUGCGCUGUACUUUCUUGUUUGUGCCGAUGUGCUUCGGCGACGGGACAAUCACAAUCACACUACGUUUUCAGUAUCUCUUGAAGACUGGAUAGAGCAGCUAACAACUGGUGGGCUUGAGAGAAGACAAGGGCAUCGUUCCAAUGUUGACAUUUUGCCAAAGCGGAAGAGCAAACGUCUCCUUGCUGCCAAAUCACAGGGCUCAAGACAGAAAAUGACUGCUGAGAAAGUGGACGAAACAAUGGCUGAAGCUUACGAAGUUGAAGUAGAGGCUAGCAUCAGCUUUAUUCAAGUUUGUCAAAACUAUUUGCGUGCUUGUGAAGCGGACUGGGAAGGAUUUUGUUCGCAGGAUUUUCUAUCAUACAUGUACGCAAGCGGGACAGCUUUCUACGUAUUCCCUGGUUGUCCUAUUGUUGACCUUGUCAUUCCCAUCAAGCUGUCAGGACAAAGGAAACAUUGCUUUGCUCCUCUGGUGAUCUCCAUCAAGUCGCAUGCAUUCUAUUCUCCUGCAGAUGCAAGAUGGGAGUGCCAGCGGAUGACAGAGAGAUUCAAGAGAAUCGAAGAAAGCAAUGACAAGGAAGUUUUUGAAUUCUUCCCUGGAGCAUUGUGUUUGCUGGUUGUGUUCGGGUCUACCGCUGUCUCCGAUGACAACGACCUUACCCUAGGCCAUUCUGCAGUCAGGGAGCUGGCAAAGAAGAAGGUGGUUAGCGGAGUACUUCGCAUCCCUGCAAAAGAUGCAUUUGGAGGAUUCUGUGAUACAUUUUGCACAUUGACUAGCGAGAUUACGUUUGGCACUUCUGAAGUAUUUGCUUCCCACUCUUUUGUCCGUGCUUAUUGUAUGGAUGACAACACGGAAGAGCUCGAUACUAGAUCUGCACUUCGUUAUUCGCCUGGAAAAGAAGAAUCAGAACUCUUGCAAAAUCUUCAUGAGCAGUUCAAAAGUGGAUACAGCACGUCUGGAAGUCUGUAA